CCGUAGCAGGCGAGUCGAAUGAAGAUGAUUCGAUCUACGAUGCCAAUUUUGGACUGAGAGCCCGGGGCCGGGACUCAUCUUGUACAACUUUUGAAAAGCUUUCUAAGUCAAACUCUGACUUGGUGUUUUAAUUUUGAAAGAGAACAAGAAGAUGCCUGAAGGUCAAGUGGCGCGACUGUUACAAGAGGUUUUCCAGCUGGGGGACGUGCAUAGGUCUUCACAUGGAGGUGCUGAUGUAGAGGCCGGCCACGAGGACCACUGCGCGACCUGCCUCCACAGCACGACUCCCCAUCUCCCGCGUAUGGAGAGGGAUAUUAACCACAGCACGAGAAGCUCCUACAGAACCAGCUUCACAACUACACGAACACUCACAAUUUCAUCAUCAGAACCCCCUGCAGUUGUUGAUGUUGAUGUUGAUUCGGCUUCUUCUGCGCGACGCUUCUCGACGAGGAGCAGUCCUCGCCUCUUAUCCCGGUCAGCUACCACGACAGUGACAGCACGGAAGCACCAAACAAGUUUCUUCCCGCUCGUCCAGCUAAUUCAGUACUGGAUUUUCCCCCCAAAGUCCAAGGGGGUUCUGAAGGAAAACCAGCUUUGCCCCAAUGCCGUCUGCCGAAACACUGUGGCGCAGCUAGGAGGCGGCGGCGACAGCGUCAAGUACGUGAUCGACGUAUCACACUAAAAACAAAAAGUGUUAACGUUACAACGAAAUUUGUGGUGCAGUAAUGCAUCAGAAAUAAAGGUGCCCGAAACCAAAUUUGUACUGCGUAGCGUGCAUGGAAGGCAAAAUUUGUAAUGCAUGACUGCCAUAUGAUGUGAAAAGGAAAACCGUUAACGUUGACACUUUUUUGCUUGAUACGACGCGGGCGGCGUGAAAUGGAAGUGCGGGACCAAAGACAUGCUCCACGGAGAGAUGCGCGGGACCGACGGCUGGGCCUGUGUGGAGUUGGACUGCCGGAACGAGGCGCACGGCACGAUUGUCAAAUCCUUCCACGGCGACAGCAACGACUGCGGCGAGCCUCUCGUGAUCACCAACGUGGACGGCAUGGAGGCCGAGGGCGCGCCCAAAAAUGCGAGGGAGUACGAGCCUGUGGAAAGCGCUUUGGAUCACACGUGCGUGGACGAGUAGCAAAAAAUAUUGGUUCACUUUCUCAGUCGUGCCCCCUCGAGCAGCGAACGAUUGGCACGACGGACAAACGGACAGUUGCCGGGCCUGAUCAUGUGUCAGCGAUUGCGGCUCCUGGCAAUGCCGGUGGCUCGUGAUUUUGGAAAAUCUUUGUUAUUGUUUAUGGAAUGAGAGAGAGUAAAUUAACACUGCAACUGACAAGACGUACACGUAGAUGACGACUACGACACCCGCCCUGGUGGCAAGAUUAGCCGGCCCGAGAUUGUGACGGUCACUAGACUGUCACGCGAACACAUAGUCUCUCCGCAUUUUUAAUUUCCGUCGGGACCUGAGAACCUUUCGCUUUCUACCUGUUCUUGAGAGUAUACAGAAAUCAGACCUGGUGUUUUCUUUUG